UUUUCCGUUCAGUAAAAGCGCAAACGCUCAGCGAGCGCAUUCAUCAUAUUUAUAAAUAUAUUUAUAUCAGUGGUUAAUCACUUUGACAUUCAAUUUAAUUUUUCAGCCUGAUAUUAUCCACCAUUUACUCAAUCACCGACAAUACUUGAAUUACAUUGUCAUCUUCUCACCUGAAAAAAGUAAUUGGUCAUUUUUAAAUGAAUAUCUGCCGAAUACUAUAAUUUUAAAUAAAGACUACGUUUCAUAAUUGACAAUAUGCUACAAAGCAUAGAUUACUUAAAUAUUAUUUUUUUUAAAUAAAACAGUACAAUAAUUAUAACCCCGUAAUUUGUACAAUCAACACUAACUAUAUUUAUUGUUAUUGUUAAUUGUUUAGAUAAAUAAUGUGGGAACAGCAUGAAAAUGUGUUUUGUGGUGAUUUACAAGUAUCUUGUCAAAGAGAAUGAGCGAUGCAAAGCUUGGAACUUGUGAUCCAGAGAAAAUUCCAUUACGAUACAGAAAAAAAACUAAAGACAAGAAUAAUCCUAGAGCAGAAAUGGUGGGUUUUGGACAUGGAGAGUCACUCAGCAAAGCACUUGCUGAUGUGACGACAGAGCUCACCGUUUAUUCAGAAGAUUCGGAUGAUGAUGAUCAAGAUACCAGUCGUCUUAUUUCUUCUUCGCCGUUGAAUUUGCAGCCACGUGUUAGCUUUGAGGAAUCCAAAAAAAAUGGAAUAAAAUCCAAGCGUACGGAGAUUGAAAGAGAAAGUGAAAAUGUUUGGACUAUUUCUGUUCAGAUGUUUAUUCCUUUUUUACUUGCUGGAUUCGGGAUGGUCGCAGCGAGUCUUUUACUUGAUGUCGUCCAACACUGGCCAGUAUAUCAAGUAGUAUCAGAGGUAUAUAUUCUGGUACCGGCAUUAUUGGGGUUGAAAGGAAACCUCGAAAUGACUCUGGCUUCUCGGCUGUCUACCCACGCGAAUCUAGGUCACAUGGACACACAGAAGCAGCAGUGGACGUUAAUAAUUGGUAAUCUAGCGUUGAUCCAAUGCCAGUCGAUGGUGGUUGGCUUAUUGGCGUCCUUGGCAGCAGUGAUCUUCGGAUGGAUACCAGAGGCUCACUUUAAUAUUCACCAUGGACUAUUAUUGUGUGCCAGUGCACUUGUCACAGCCUCUGUUGCCAGUUUCCUGCUUGGUCUUGUAAUGGUCGCGGUUAUAUUGCUCUCUAAACGGAUGAGCAUUAACCCUGACAAUGUUGCCACGCCAAUUGCUGCAUCGCUCGGUGAUUUGACAACACUCGCGUUACUGUCAUGGGUAGCCUCCCUUUUGUAUCGAUCUAUCGACAAUCAACCAUGGAUUGCACCCACUAUGAUUGUCUGCUGUCUAUUAGCGACACCUGUUUGGGGAUAUAUUGCUGCUAAGAAUCCUUUUACCAAAGAAGUUCUUAACUAUGGUUGGAGUCCUGUUAUUUCAGCUAUGUUAAUCAGCAGCAUCGGUGGAUUGAUAUUAGACUUUACAAUAUCUAAUUAUAAAGGCAUAGCUGUUUUUCAAUUGGUAAUUAAUGGGGUUGGAGGAAAUUUAGUUGCUGUGCAAGCAUCAAGAAUAUCGACAUCUCUUCAUCUAGAACAACAUAACGGAAAAGUGGAAAAACCUUUAAAAAUUUGUAUUAGCCCUAUUGAUGCAUUUUUAUCUCCUGGUGGGCAUUCAAGAAUUGCCAGAAUUUUACUAAUGAUGGUAAUACCUGGUCACUUAAUAUUUAGUUAUACUAUAAGUUAUCUCCGAGCAGGACAUACUUCCUUUACGGCGACAUUUAUUGUCGUCUAUCUAUUAGCGGCACUUUUACAAGUAAUUUUACUUUUAUACCUUGCUCAAUUGAUGGUUGUUUGGAUGUGGUCACGCGGCAUGGAUCCUGAUAGCUCAGCGAUUCCGUAUCUUACGGCUGCUGGUGAUUUAUUGGGAACAACAUUGUUAGGUAUUGCUUUCUAUAUUCUUUACGAAAUCGGUGACAAAGAUUCAGAUGUCGGAGAUUAAUCGACAAGUAACUUCACUUAUUUUUUUGCCUUAAUACUUCAAUUAAAAUAUUUUAUAAUUUUAUUAUAUAACAUGGAAAAAACAUACGUCGAGUUUUUAUUGUAUAAUUCAGGCUCAAAACUAUUUGUACCUGAAAUUAUUAAUAGUCAUAAUUUUCGGGACCUAAGAAUAUUUUAAAAAUUAAACAGUGGCCUGGAAUUUAAAAUCACCUUUUAUAAAAUUUUUCAACAGUAUUUUAUUGUAAUUAUAAGUAUAAUUAAAUUGACUUAAUUUUUAAAUAUCAGGAUUCAAAAUCCGUAAAUUUGAAGUAAUAAACAUGUCAGUUUAUUCAGAAAUUGAUAUAUAAAUGAGGUGCUAAUUCGUAGUGUUAAAUUUUAUAUGGGUUAAUUAAUCAAAAGUACAAACUUGAAACUUGAAGGAUUUAUAUUUGGAAAAUGCUUAAUAUAAUUAAGAGA